AUGGUGAAAGCCCUCCCGGAAAGCACGACUGCUGAAAGCAGCAAAGAGAAGGAAUUCGACGACCUCAAGCGCCGCAUCCACGGCAAGUUGGUCGACAAGCUGGACCUGACCCGGGUCGGUGAGCUCGAAGGCGACACGCUUCGACGCGAAAUCCGCUUGGUGGUGGAACAUCUCUGCGACAGCGAAGAUACCCUUCUCAAUCGUGCCGAACGCGAACGGCUCAUUGAAGAAGUGCUCGACGAAACCUUCGGCUUGGGGCCGCUCGAGUUCUUGCUCAAAGAUGCGACGAUCAGCGAUAUCCUGAUCAACGGCCCGAAGAGCGUCUACGUCGAACGUCGCGGCAAGAUGGAGAAGACCAAUGUGGUCUUCCGCGACAACAAUCACUUGCUGCAAAUCAUCGACCGCAUCGUCUCGAAAGUCGGCCGCCGCGUGGACGAAGUCUGUCCGAUGGUUGACGCUCGUCUCCAAGACGGCUCUCGUGUGAACGCAAUCAUUCCACCGUUGGCCCUCGACGGGGCUUCGGUUUCCAUUCGUCGUUUCGGUGCCAAUCCCUUGAAGCUGGAAGACCUGCUCAACUUCAAGGCGUUCACGCCCGAGAUGGUGAUGUUGCUCGAAGGUGCCAUGAAGGCCCGACUCAACAUGAUCAUCUCCGGUGGUACGGGCUCGGGUAAAACGACCCUGUUAAAUACACUGUCGAGCUUCAUUUCGAACUCCGAUCGUAUUGUCACGAUCGAAGACGCGGCAGAACUCCAGUUGCAGCAAGAUCACGUGGUGCGACUCGAAACGCGGCCCCCGAACAUCGAAGGCAAGGGUGCCAUCACGGCCACCGACCUGGUGCGAAAUGCUCUGCGUAUGCGUCCUGAACGUAUCAUCAUCGGCGAAUGUCGUGGACCGGAAACCCUCGACAUGUUGCAGGCUAUGAACACCGGUCACGAAGGGUCGCUAACCACGAUCCACGCAAAUACGCCUCGCGACGGUUUGGCCCGUAUUGAAACGAUGAUCACCAUGGCCGGCUUCGAACUGCCGCUCAAGGCCAUGCGUCAGCAAAUCGCCAGCGCGGUCGACCUCAUCAUUCAGGCCAACCGCUUGCAGGGCGGACCGCGUAAGGUCACGCACAUCACCGAGAUUCUCGGGAUGGAACAAGACACGAUCGUGAUGCAAGACAUCUAUCAUUACGUGCAGGAAGGGAUCGACGAGAACGGUCGGGCUUACGGGCGGUUCGAGUCCACCGGGAUUCGCCCGACCUUCAUGGAUCGCCUUGAGUCGGCGGGCGUUCGCCUACCGGCAAGCGUCUCCGCGCUCGUCGGCGCGGUGGCCGUCUUGCUGCGCGAGCGAACCGACAGUAAGGCCGAGGAUCGGAUCGACCUCUUCACUGGCAACCGCAAGAUGAAGAGUGGCGACAAAGCCUCGGACAGCGUUUUGGCGCAACCGCUGAACGAUAUGCCUUCGGCGAUGGAAGAGUUCUUCAAUCGCCUGACGAACCUGAACCUGUUGUUCGAGCAAGCCCAUACCUCGCUGCAGCCAUCGACCUUUUUCGCCAUCUCGGCCGCCCUGGGUACUUCUGGGGCCGUCAUUGCUUGGUACCUCGGAAGUCCCUUUGGUGUGUUGCCGGUUGCCGCGUUGUUUAUGUCGUUGCUGCCGUUGAUGUGGCUGUUGUUUCGACGACGUGGGCGCCUUAAGAAGUUUGCUGCGCAGUUGCCCGAUGCCUUGGAACUUAUCAGCCGGGCCUUACGGGCCGGUCAUAGUUUGGCCGCCGGGUUCAAUCUUGUUCAAGAAGAAAUGCCCAACCCGAUUGCUGAAGAAUUCGGUCGGGUGUUCGACGAACAGAACCUGGGUAUUCCGUUUGACGAAGCGCUCGAAGCGAUGACCGAUCGAGUGCCGAACCUCGACCUGCGAUUCUUCGCCACCGCGUUGAUUCUGCAGCGGCAAACCGGUGGUGAUCUGGCCGAAAUCCUCGACAAAAUUGGGCACCUCAUCCGAGAACGUUUCCGAAUUUGGGGGCAAGUCCAAGCCCUCACCGGCGAAGGUCGCCUCUCGGGUAUCGUGCUGUUGGCGUUGCCGCCGGUGUUGUUCUUGGCGGUGUAUCAGUUGAAUCCCGCGUACAUGACGGUCUUGUUCACGGAUCCGCUAGGACUGAUCAACUUUACCGAAUUGCUUCCAAUCGCCAUCUUCGGCAUGUUCGCCGCGGCUGCGUGGUGGAUACUCGAUUUGCUGGCCGACAAGAAGAGUCGGGCCUCAGAACGUUUAGACGAACUGAGUCACCCCGAGCUGCGCCGACGUAGCGAAGCGGGCGGACCAGCGAAGAAAAAAGACUCGAUGUCGCGGGUGAUUGAGAAGGCCUCGCCCGCGCUGGCGGCUCCGCUGCAACCGAAGAACGAACUCGAAGUUGGCAAGCUGAAGAGUCGGCUCACACAAGCCGGUUUCCGUGGUGAGGCCACCUCGAGUGUGUACCUUGGGUUGAAGUUCCUCGGGCUCAUCAUCGGCUUGGUUGGCGGUGGCGGCGCGUUGUUGGGGGUCUACGGAAUGACCCAAAAUUCGCUGAUGUACACCGUCUUUCUCGCCGGCGGUUUGUUUUAUCUACCCGAUCUCGUACUGCUGUUAAUCAGCAAGCAUCGGAAAGACGCAAUCUUCCUCGGGCUUCCCGACGCGUUGGAUCUCAUGGUCGUGUGCGUCGAAGCAGGUCUCGGUCUCGACCAGGCCAUGCGGAAGGUGAGUGAAGAAAUGAAGAAAAGCUGCCGGGUGAUCAGCGAAGAAUUCGCCCUCUCGAACUUCCAACUGCAAAUGGGCCGAAGCCGAGCCGAGGUCCUGCACGAGUUGGGGUUCCGCACCGGGGUCGACGACCUGCGAUCGCUGGCCGCCAUCUUGAUUCAAGCCGACAAGUUCGGUUCCAGCAUCGCUCAGGCGCUACGCGUGCAAAGCGAAUCGAUGCGGACCAGACGACGACAACUGGCCGAAGAACGGGCCGCGAAAACUGCUGUCAAACUGAUCUUCCCGCUGGUGAUCUUCAUUUUCCCCGGCAUCUUCGUCGUGCUGGUCGGUCCUGCCGCCAUCACGAUGAUUCGGGAAAUGUUCCCGGCGCCGAGCUGGGCUGCUCGACCGAUGCAUGGAUGUGACCCACCGAAGGCGACGCGUCAGUCGCCGGCACCGUGGGGUUGCGAAUCAGGAGGAUACGCAAUGCGACGCUGUUUGACUGCUACCGCUGUGGUAGCACUGGUGCUGGGUUCAGCCCUGCCGGUAUCGGCCGAUUGGUGGCCGAGCAAGAAGUCGAGCUUCUGCUGCAACUACGAACAAAACAAAAUCUGGCCCUUGCCAUACGUGUAUCCAGAUCGAGCGGCGGCCGCUGCCCCGUUCCAGAUCAUGAUCAACAAGGGCUGGCAACGACAAAAUACCUUAGGGCAUUAUCACUUCGAUGAGGCAAACCGACUAACGGAAGCAGGGCGAUUGAAAGUCCAAUGGAUCCUCACCGAUCCGGCCCUCGAGCGUCGUCAGGUCUUUGUCCACGCAGCAAGAACAUCAGAAGACACCGCGGUUAGAAUCGCCUCGGUUCAAGACUUCCUGGCGGUCACGCGAGACGGUCAGGAAGCCGCUGUCGCCGAGUCGAACCUGGCCGCACCGAGUUAUCCAGCAGAUUACGUAGACGAGAUCGGCCGCAAAUUCCGCGAAUCGAUCCCGUUGCCGGCGGCAGGAUGUCGAACUCGAGGCCCACUUGAUCGGGAACGGCUCCAACGAGAGCGGCGGGGUCACGGCUGGCGGUUCUACUUUGGUGUGUUCAUCGUGUUGCUAUCGCUCAGCGGAGCGGUUGCCGUAAAGCUCGAACUGCCGGGCACUCAGCAAGCAACGCAGACCAUCCGCGAGAACAGGGUUUACCUGGCGGUCUACGAGGCCGUUCAACCUGUCACUCGGGUGGCCAGCGGCGACCUGGAUUACAUGGAACGCUGGAUCAAUCGCCAGCGAACCACCCAGUUGUUGAGGUGCCAAGUGCGUAAGCUCGUAUUAGCUUCUUACGUCGCGUCGAUCGCCAUGGCGAUCAGUUUGGUUGGAUGCUCCAGCGAUCAGUCGCUCUCUUCCAAGAGCAAGUCGCCCUGGACUUCCUGGACCGAUAAGUUCAAGAAAGAUUCCGACGUCGCGCUCUCAGGCGAGGUCGACUACGACAAACCCUACGACGAGUACGCCAGUGAGCUGAGCUCUCGUCCCAUGGUCUCUCCGGCCCUUGGGCUCGACGGAGAACCCAAAGAAAGCUCCAUCAAGCGCAUGGCCAGUUCGGUCGCCAGCUCGACCAAGAAGAUGACGUCGAGCGUGACCGACAGCGUAAAGCGUGGUGCACGCAAAGCCGGCGAUGUCGUCGCCCCCCGCGAUCCGACCACCAUGGAUCCCAUUUCGGUUAACUCACCCACGGGUAAGCCCGACGCUUCGUUCUUUGUGUCGAUCGCCCGGGUGCAGGAAGUGGCCGGAAACGUCGAAGGCGCCGAGUCAAGCUACAAGCAAGCGCUCGACACCGACAAGAAAGACCUCGAAGCCCUGUUGAGCUACGCUCACCUGAUGGACCGCCAGGGUCGUUUAAGUGAGGCCACCGAGCUUUAUCAACAGGCCACGAAAUACCACCCCGACUCGGCGACCGCACUCAACGAUCUCAGCAUUUGCUACGCUCGCCAGGGGAUGAUGGGGCCCUCGGUCGAUGCACUUAGCUCGGCGAUCAAGCUCGAGCCACAACGCAAGCUGUACCGCAACAACAUCGCCAAGGUGUUGGUGAAGAUGGACCGCGUCGAUGAGGCUUACGAUCACCUGGCCAUGGUGCACGGCUCCGGGAUCGCCCAUUACAACAUAGGCUAUCUCCUUCACGAGAUGGGCAACAACGAAGCGGCCAUUCGCCACUUUGGAUACGCCGCGGCCGCCGACCCCAGUCUGGUCGAAGCUCAGCGGUGGCAACACAUGCUGGCCGGUGGCCAAGCCCAAGGAAACGCGGUUGCUGCUGAUCAGCGUUACCACAUGGUGCCUCAGUCAGCGGCUCCCCAAGGUACGGCCCCCGUCCAGGCCACCCCCGUUUCCAGCCCAUUGCCGGCCUACCCUGGGUUCAACAACGAGUAUCGAGGACCCCUGGUCACCCCCAACGCCAGUACGAAUCCCGAUAAGGGUUUGCGAUGGACUAGGUCGUCGGUCCAAGGGGUGUGUUCUGUGGACGACAUUUCUUCCCGUUUAGCCUCUGCGAACGAACCCGUGCCGAUGUCGACCGCUGCUGUUACGAAGGAGCCGUCGCCGGAAUCAAUAAGUACUGAGCGAUAUGGCUGGAAGUCGGUCGUAUUUGCCGUGUUGAUUCUGGUCGCUGUCAGCGUCCUCACCUUCGGUCGUGCCACGACGAACAAGUUCUUGUUGUGGGACGACAGUAUCAAUAUCACCGACAACCCCUUCCUCAAUCCUCCAUCGGAAGAGGGACUUCGGCAGAUCUGGGGCGGCCCCUAUGCAGGGCUCUACAGCCCUGUGGCCUACACCUGGUGGGCUGGGCUCAUCACCUAUUCGCACAGCACCAUUCAUGCCGGCAACAUUCUGCUACACACGCUGAGUGUGCUGCUGGUAUUCGUCAUCCUCCGCCGGCUCGUGAAGAGCCUCCCCGGAGCGGUAUUUGGGGCAUUGCUAUUUGCCGUGCAUCCGCUUCAGGCCGAGUCCGUCAAUUGGGCCUCCGAGGCUCGCGGUUUAUUGGCCGCCCUGUUUGGUCUGAUCGCCUUGUGGCUUUACCUCCGCGUUACCGACAUGGAGUACGAAGCAGCCCCGGUCGAAGACGAAAAGCCCCAACCGCCAAAAGCGGAAAAGAAAACUACCGAAAACGCAUCGGAAGAGUCCGCGGAGGAAUACGACGAGGAAGAAGAUCUCCCGCCGAUUCCGGUUGGACGGUACAUCGUCUACACCUUGGCCACCAUCGCGUUCAUUCUCGCCAUGCUUUCGAAGCCUUCGGCGGCUGCGAUUCCGAUUAUGGCCUGGGUUAUCGACUUUGCCUGGCUUGGGCGACGACCCAAGGGGCAUCCCGAAGUAUGGAGCGACUGGUCGUUGCUGGUAGUGUGGGCGCUGAUCAGCGCAGGAGUCGCCUACGGCACUUCGAGCUUCCAAACCGGCAUGGGCGACGUCCAGGCUCAGCUCUGGUGGGUCCGGCCACUCGUGGCAGGCGACGCCCUCUUCUUCUACAUCUACAAGUUCUUUGUCCCACUGGGACUGUCUACCGAUUAUGGCCGCACCCCAACGCACGUCGUCACGCAUUGGUGGGGUUACUUGACCUGGUUCGUUCCGGCCCUGUUAGUAGCGCUUUUGUGGCGCUUGCAACGCCCUCAGCCGUGGUUGACGGCCGCCGCAAUCACGGCCAUCGCCUUGCUUCCUGUGCUGGGGCUAAUCCCUUUCGCAUUUCAGUUCUAUUCCACGGUGGCCGACCGCUACAUGUACCUGGCCAUGCUGGGGCCCGCGCUGGCAGUCGCCUGGCUCAUCACCAGUACCGAUCGCAAAGCGGUGAAGUACGCAGCGGCAAUCAUCCUCUGUGUCUUGGCCGCUUUGAGCAUUCGCCAAAGUGGUUUCUGGCAGGACAACGAUACGCUGUUCAUGCACACCCUGGAUGUGAAUCCCGACAGUUUCAUGGCCUACUCGAACCUGGGCACCGAACGCUUGGCACAUAAGGAGUACGCCGAGGCUGAAAAGUAUUUCCAAGCCGCCCUCGACAUUUAUCCCGAGCACCUGGAGUCGCUCGUCAGCAUGGGGCUACUGUUGCGAGAACAGGGUGACGUGAAUCAGGCCGUGCCUUACUUGCAGCACGCCGUGGACAUCAAUCACGAUGCCGCACCCGCCCUUAACGCGCUUGGCAUGGCCUAUCAAGAUCAAGGUCGUCUUGAAGAGGCAAACGUCUUACUGCGACAUGCGAUCGAGUGCGACCCGCGGUACUACCAUGCGCACGUCAGUCUUGGCAAGUUGCUCCUCGAAAAAGAGCAGUACCCUCAGGCGAUCGAUCAAUUCGUCGAGGCCUUAGAUAUCCGUCAGGGACUGGUCGAUGCCAACUUCGGAAUCGCGCACGCCAUGAUCCGGCAAAUGGGCGAACCCGGCGCAGGGCCCAACCGCGAGGCGGUGGACAAGGUCAUCGAUCUGCUCGGAGUGGUCUACGAACAGGAUCCGGAAUAUCCCCAGGUCCAGAAUUUGUUAGCAACUUCUCGUCGAUUGAAUGCGGCCUUAAUGAAAAGCGAGCAACGCUACGCAGCUGCCGAGGAACAAUUGCUGCUGGCCCUGGAACUGAACCCUGCAUCAGUCGAAUUACUCCUCGAGAUGGCGAACGUCUACCUGAUUCAGGGCCAGAUCGAAAAGGCCGAAUCCACUCUCCGCCAGAUUCUCGAUAUCGACCCAAAGAGUAUCAACGCGCACAUCGGUAUUGGGAAUCUCUUAGCCGAUCAGGGUCGUACUGAUGAAGCCUUGCAGGAGUACGAAGCUGUUUUAGCCAUCGAUCCCGAUUACCCAGGUGCUUACUAUCAAAUCGGUUUCACCCACCAGAAUCUGGGCAACUUCAAACAAGCGGUCGAGGCGUACCGCUCGGCACUCAAGUACCGCGAUACGUGGGAUGGGUGGCACAUCGCGGCCAACAACUUGGCCUGGAUCUUGGCCACCGUGAACGAUCCAACGCUCCGCGAUGGUCAAGAAGCUCUCAAUUGGGCCAAUGAUUUGGUGAAUGGCUUCACGGAGGAACUGCCUCCCGACUACAUCGAGUACCUGGAUACACAAGCAGCCGCCUUCGCCGCCCUGGGGCAGUUCGACGAUGCGGUCAGAACCACGCGUCGCGCUCUGAGUAUGGCCGAGAAAAUGCAGGCCCCAGACUUGCAGGCUCGCUUCCAACGACGUCUCGAACUUUACUUCACCGACCGACCACUGCACGAAGCAAAUCAAGGAGUCGACUCCGAGAUUCAGGCCGCCAACCAGGCGAACCCCGCCUCCCCGCCAUCCGCUGGGCCAGCCGCCGAAGCAACCCCGCCCAGCGACGAAUCCUAG